UAUUAUUGGUAAAAUAAUCGCAAUUUGUCUACAGGUUCACAAAAUGACACAGUCUUCAUUUUUAAAUCGUAAAAAGGUUGCAUUUAUUCACACUGUUGGUGUGGCAUAUUUCUUCCUUGCAACAUUUGGAGUUGUGUAUAGCUGUAUUUUUAUAGCAUAUCCGGUAGUAUACACGGAACCAAAAGAUAUUCAAUGGAGGAGCAUUUGUUUGAUCUACGUCUUUAUAAACAUUAUUGGAAACUAUUUUCUUGGAAUUCUUAAUAAAAGCAAUUACACUCCAGGUAUACAAGUUACUGACCCACCAACGUCAUGGAAAUUUUGUAGUGUUUGUGAUCGAUAUUGCCCACCCCGAACACACCACUGUGAAAUUUGUAAAGUUUGCAUCUUGAAACGCGACCACCACUGUUUCUUUUUCUGCCAGUGUGUUGGAUUACGAAAUCAAAGAUAUUUUAUUCCAUACACAUUGUAUGUCGCUUUAGGAUCCCUUCAUGCCAUGUACAUCAUUACAGCAUAUCUCAACAUGAAGUAUGUUACUUUUAAAUUUUCAAUCUAUGCAAUUCUUUCCUACACUUUACCAGGAAUUGUGUAUAAUUGGGUAUACACUUAUGGAAACAUUACUUUAACAACUGCAUCUUGUAUUGUGCUUCUGUACUUAUUAUUUAGUGCUGGAUUUGGUUCACUGUUUCUGUUCCUUGCUCAAUGUUUUCUUUUGGUUAGAGGUCAGACCCCAUAUGAGUACCACAAAAAUAUACACACUUUCAAUCAUGGUGUAGUUACUAACCUUACUCAAGUAUUCGGUCGGUUUUGGUUUCUUUAUUUUCUAAUACCUCUUCCUUCUAAUAUAAUGUCUAAACAGGGCAUCUUACCCUGUGGCACUUCUAAUUAUAAGGAUGUGUAAUUUAUUCAGAUAAAAAUGUUUAAAUCAAUUAUUAUUUUAUUUUCAACAUUUUUUAUUAAUGGCAGGUAUUUAUUCGCACAGUGCAGCUAUGAUGAUCCAUUUGAUCUUUAUCCUUUAAUAUCACAUCAGUUGAUUUAGAAUUUCAUGCACAACCUACAAAAUAAUAUGCACUUUAUAACCAUAUAAGGAUGAGUAGUUUUUAUUUGCAUUAAAAAAA